CAGUUGAGCUGAGACCGUAGGAAGAUAAUAACCAUCAGGUGCUCUUGGGGGCAGAGGGUCGGGGGCGAUGGAGCUCUGUACGUCGCCGUGCGGGUGGUCCAAUUUGAGUCUCAGGCAUUUGCAGGCACGGCAUGGCGUCAGGAGAUCGUCGAUGGCGACGACGCAGUCGAGGGGAAUGGUGCGGAGCAAGGGACGCGAUGUGGACGGAAUCGAGCAGGACGCGGCGGGAGGAGCUGGAGUGGAAUUCAAUCCGCAGCUGCUGCGCAGCAGACUCUACCGAAUCGGAUUGAUCAUGGCCUGCCCGCCGCUGGCGACCUCGGUGCUCGAUUCCUCCAGCAGUGCGCUCGCACUUGACGGGAAUGCAGCGGCAAUUGCUGGUGCGGCUAUGUCUGACCCGUGGACCUCGUCAGCCUCGUUCGAGCUCGUGCACCGGCUGGUGGGCGUGCCUCUGGCUGACUUGGACCCCGACACGGCCAAGCUCGCCAUCACCGUGCUCGGGCCCUUGUUCGCCUUCUUCAAUCUGCUCUUCAUUUUCCGAAUUGUCAUGUCGUGGUACCCUCAAAUUCCUGUCAGCAAGUUCCCUUUUGUCCUCGCCUACGCCCCCACGGAACCCAUUCUCGGCCCGACCCGACGACUCAUUCCUCCCGUCGGAGGCGUGGACGUGGCCCCUGUCAUCUGGGUCGCCCUCAUGAGCUUUCUCAACGAGAUUCUUCUCGGCAAGCAAGGACUCUUCAUUCUUCUCUCUCAGCAGCAAUCCUGAGUCCCGAGGAGCCCUAUCUUGAUCUUGCUCCUGGCCUUUCUUGCUCCAGCCUCAUCUUGUAUCAGAUCAUAUGGUGCUGCCAUGAAAUUUUCUGAAUUUCGAUGGCAUGAAUUCUGUGGCCGACUGAUUGACGGUUCGAGAUGGAAUGGUGGAGUGGAAGUGAAGGCUGUGGGUGUGAGAAGAGGAGAAUUGAGUUCGAGCUUAAAGAGGAGGUCAAUCAUUCGGCGAUGGUGGGGGAGGUCCGAGUGGCGCUGUACCUGACGAUGGAAGAGUUGUUUGUAGUCAGUUGUACAUAGCGGAGAGAUGGAAGAACAGAAAGAUUGCGGGUUUGCGAUCGCUGUGAACAAUGUCUGCCUCUCCUGCUGUUGUAACAUGAAUGUACGUUAAACUUUCACGAAGAGUAUCGUGAUGAUGGAAGAGAUUCGAGUCAGAAGAAAGAUACGAGCUCAGUAAGUUACUGCGAACAUCUCAGGGCGGACAUUCCAGAUUUUUGUAGAUUCUACGCCUUGGAAAGACGAAAAUUUGUGAGAGCAAUUUUGGCUAGGUUGUAAAUACGGACGGGCUGGCUCAGCUGUCUGUCCUAAUGUAAGAAUGCAGGGAUGCUGUGUAUUUAUCCUUUCCGUCUUGUCUCACCAUGUUCGUUACAAAUUUCAUUCCUUGUCUCCUUUUGGA